AUGCAUAGUGAAGUCUUAUCCAGUUGGUCGCAAUUAAAUCUGUUCACUUAUGAUCUUAAUUGUAUUUCUUCAUUAUUAUUACUUUUGAUCUGUCUAAUUACGAAAGGACAUGCCAGUGAUAUAUCUACUCCACCAAUCAUUACAGCAGGUCCAACUUAUGGUUCGUACAAGUUUAAUGUACUUCAACAUCUCUCGGGUAUCUCACCCUAUUUUGAUUCUAAUGCCAAUGAAUUAAGUCCUGAUCCACCUCAAGGUUGUAUCGUUGACAAGGCUAUUUAUCUGGUUCGUCAUGGUUCUAUUUAUGCUAAUGAUUAUGAUUAUAAUAAUACAAUCGACCCAUUCCUGCAACGUCUUCAAAAUUUCUCUAAUCGUGCUGAUUUUUCUAAAGCAACAGAUUUAGCCUUUUUAGUUCACUGGACUUCACCUAUCUCCAACAGCAAUGAACAAGUUGAAAAGCUGACAGAAUACGGUAGUAAAGAAGCUUUUACUCUUGGUACUCAACUUGCACAACGUUAUUCAAACUUAGUUUUCGACAGUAAGAAUAAAUUGUUUAAAAUUUGGGCAUCAGCAGCAAAUCGAACAAAAGAAACUGCUUCGGCACUCUUAGCUGGACUUGGCAAUAGACAAGGAAUAACAGAUGAAAUAAUCACUAUUUCAGAAGAAAAGAAUCAAGGUGCUGAUACUUUUUCACCAACAAAAACAUGUUUACAAUAUGAUGCGUCUGUUGGCUCAGAACAAGGAAAUAUAUGGUUGAAACAAUACACGACACCGAUCAUAACUCGUCUGAAUGCUAUGGGAUCACAGUUUAAUUUUAUAGCCAAUGAUGUGUUGGCGAUGCAGGAAUUAUGUGGUUAUGAAACAGUUAUUCGUGGAUCUUCACCAUUUUGUAAAAUUUUUACACCAGAAGAAUGGCUUUCUUUUGAAUACUAUUUCGAUAUCAAAUAUCAUUAUUCAUUAGGUUAUGGAAAUGUUUUAUCUCCUAGUCUAGGCAUGCCUUGGGUUGAGGCAUCGAGUGAUUUACUCAAUUAUACGACCGAUACAGAGCAAAGUCUUUAUAUUAAUGUUGUUCACCGGGAAAUGCCACCACUUAUCUUGACAGCAUUAAACUUAUUUAAUGACUCAAACUAUGUUGGUGCGAUGAAUGGAAACCCUACACUUCCACUCGAUCAAAUCAAUUAUCAACGAGCAUGGAAAUCAAGCAAAUUUAUUUCAUUUUUAGGUCAUAUUGCAUUGGAACGACUUCAAUGUACAUCUGCUUCGUAUACCGGAAAAUUCGUGAGAAUCCUGGUUAAUUCAGCGCCACAAGCCUUACCAGGAUGUGCUAAUGGGCCCGGUGCUAGUUGUCCCUUGGCACAAUAUAUGGAUUAUGUGGGAGAUCGCGGUGAAUUAUACCAAGAUUUUACAGAUGCCUGCAAAAUGAACCAUCAGAACACAACUGAUGUGUUAUCAUUUCUUUGA